GAUCUUCCCCAUCCAGGGAGCAAACCUGAGUCUCCUGCAUGUCAGGCAGAUUCUUUACUGACUGGGCCGCCAAGGAAGUCCCACCUACCACCAUACUCUAGGAAGGAAACCCCCAGAGAUGGAGUGGGCCUCAGACUUGAAGCAGCGGCACAGCGUCUCCCCACAGCUGUGACCAUGGCUGUCACGGUCCUUGGUGCCUCGCAUCCUGAUGCAGAGCCGCCCGCCCGGGUUGACCGCACCCCCCCUCACCCCGGCCCUUUUCACGGUGCACCUGAUUAGACCGGCAUGGCCUUGUGUGUGGGCACAGGGGCGGGCAGUAAACUAACCUAGAAAACAUGGCAACUACGGUUCGGGAAGACGGGGUCUGGAGGCAGACGAGAACGCUGCUCCUCAAGAAUUACCUGGUGAAAUGCAGGACCAAGAAGGGCAGUGUUCAGGAAAUUCUUUUUCCACUGUUUUUUUUGUUUUGGUUAAUAUUAAUUAGCAUGAUGCAUCCAAAUAAGAAAUAUGAAGAAGUGCCUGAUGUAGAACUCAGUGCCCUGGACGUGUCCAUCCUUACCAACGCGGUUCUUGGAUUCACGCCCGUGACUAACGUCACGAGGAGCGUCAUGCAGAAGGCAUCUGUGGAUCACCUUCAUGACGUUGUAACUAUUGAAGAAUAUGCAGAUGAAAAAGAAUUGGUAGCAUCCAGUCUUUCCAAGUCCAGCACCUUUGUAGGCAUUGUGUUCAAAGACUUCAUGUCCUAUGAGCUCCGGUUUUUUCCUGAUACAAUUCCAGUAUCUUCUGUUUAUAUGGAUUCAAGAGCUGGCUGUUCCCCAUCCUGUGACGCUGUCCAGUUCUGGACCUCAGGGUUCACGGUUCUGCAGGCCUCGAUAGACGCAGCCAUCAUACAGAUGAAGACCAAUGUUUCUUUUUGGAAAGAGCUGGAGUCAACUAAAGCUGUUCUUAUGGGAGAAACGGCUAUUGUAGAAAUAGACACCUUUCCCCGAGGAGUAAUUUUAAUAUACCUAGUUAUAGCGUUUUCACCUUUUGGAUACUUUUUGGCAAUUCAUAUCGUAGCAGAAAAAGAGAAGAAGUUAAAAGAGUUUUUAAAGAUAAUGGGACUUCACGACACAGCCUUUUGGCUUUCCUGGGUUCUUCUCUACGCAAGUUUCAUUUUUCUCAUGUCCCUUCUCAUGGCAGUCAUCGCAACAGCAUCUUCCUUAUUCCCCCAGAGUAGCUGCUUUGUGAUAUUUCUCCUUUUUUUCCUCUAUGGCUUAUCAUCUGUAUUUUUUGCUUUAAUGCUGACGCCUCUUUUUAAAAAAUCAAAGCAUGUGGGAAUAGUUGAAUUUUUGGUCACGGUGGCGUUUGGAUUUGUUGGCCUCUUGGUGGUCCUCAUGGAAAGCUUUCCCCGCUCGUUAGUGUGGCUCCUCAGUCCCUUCUGUCAGUGCACCUUCCUCAUUGGCGUCGCACAGGUCAUGCAUUUAGAAGACGUUGAUGAAGGUGCUUUAUUUUCUAAUUUGACUGAAGGCCCAUAUCCUCUAAUUAUCACUCUUAUGAUGCUGAUACUUAACAGCAUUUUCUACAUCCUCUUGGCUGUUUAUCUUGAUCAAGUCAUUCCAGGAGAAUUUGGCUUACGGAGAUCAUCAUUUUAUUUUCUGAAGCCAUCAUAUUGGUCAAAGAGCAAAAGGAAUUAUAAGGAGUUAUCGGAGGGCAACAUGAAUGGGAAUGUCAGUUUUAGUGAAAUUGUUGAGCCUGUUUCUUCAGAAUUUAUAGGAAAAGAAGCCAUCAGAAUCAGUGGUAUCCAGAAGACCCACAGAAAGAAAGGUGAAAAUGUGGAGGCUUUGAGAAGUCUGUCCUUUGACAUAUACGAGGGCCAGAUCACUGCCCUGCUUGGCCACAGCGGCACAGGGAAGAGCACCCUGAUGAAUAUUCUGUGUGGGCUGUGCCCGCCCUCGGAUGGGUUCGCAUCCAUAUAUGGACACAGAGUCUCAGAAAUAGAUGAAAUGUUUGAAGCCAGGAAAAUGAUUGGCAUUUGUCCACAGCUAGACAUACACUUUGAUGUCCUGACGGUAGAGGAAAACCUGUCCAUUUUGGCGUCUGUCAAAGGAAUACCAGCCAACGCUGUCAUACAGGAAGUGCAGAGAGUCUUACUGGAUUUAGACAUGCAGGCUAUCAAAGAUAAUCAGGCUAAAAAGUUAAGUGGUGGCCAAAAAAGAAAACUGUCUUUAGGAAUUGCUGUUCUCGGGAACCCAAAGGUGCUCCUGUUGGAUGAGCCAACAGCUGGGAUGGACCCGUGCUCUCGUCAUAUUGUCUGGAAUCUUCUGAGAUACAGAAAAGCGAACCGGGUGACAGUGUUUAGUACUCACUUCAUGGAUGAAGCCGACAUUCUCGCUGAUAGGAAAGCUGUCAUAUCACAAGGAAUGUUAAAAUGUGUUGGUUCUUCAAUUUUUCUCAAAAGCAAAUGGGGAAUUGGCUACCGGCUGAGCAUGUACGUAGACAGAUGCUGUGCCGCAGAAUCUCUCUCUUCUCUGGUCGAACAACACGUCCCUGCGGCCACCGUGUUACAACAGAGCGAGCAGCAGAUAGUGUACAGCUUGCCUUUCAAGGACAUGGACAAGUUUUCAGGCUUAUUUUCUGCUCUAGACACUCAUUCAAACUUAGGUGUUAUUUCUUAUGGUGUCUCCAUGACGACUUUGGAAGAUGUAUUCUUAAAGCUAGAAGUUGAAGCGGAAAUUGACCAAGCAGAUUACAGCGUGUUUUCUCAGCAGCCGCAGGAGGAAGAGUUGGAUUCAAAAUCCUUCGACGAGAUGGAGCAGAGCUUGCUUAUUCUCUCCGAAAGCAAGGCUGCCCUGGUGAGCACCAAGGGCCUCUGGAGGCAGCAGGUGUCCACCGUCGCCAGGCUUCACCUCCUCAACUUGAGACGCGAAAGCAAGUCCCUGAGAUCUGUGUUGCUUCUACUUUUAAUUUUUUUCACAGUUCAGAUUUUCAUGUUUUUGGUGCAUCACUCUUUGAAAAGUGCCGUGGUUCCCAUCAGACUUGUUCCAGACUUAUACUUCCUUAAACCCGGAGAUCAACCUGAUAAAUACAGAACCAGUCUGCUCCUUCAGAACUCCACUGACUCGGACAUCAGUGACCUUCUUAGCUUUUUCACAAAUCAGAACAUAAUGGUGACGAUGUUUAAUGACAGUGACUACAUGUCCGCCGCGCCCCACAGCGCAGCUCUGAACGUGGUGCGGUCAGAAAAGGACUAUGUUUUUACUGCUGUUUUCAACAGUACUAUGGUUUACUCUUUACCCGUGUUGAUGAAUAUCAUUAGUAACUACUAUCUUUAUCAUUCAAACGUCACUGAAAGCAUCCAGGUCUGGAAUACCCCAUUCUUUCAGGAAAUCACGGACAUCGUUUUCAAAAUCGAGCUGUACUUCCAAGCAGCUUUACUUGGGGUUAUUGUUACCGCAAUGCCUCCUUACUUCGCCAUGGAAAAUGCAGAGAAUCACAAGAUCAAAGCUUAUACUCAGCUUAAACUCUCAGGUCUGUUGCCUUCUGCAUAUUGGCUCGGACAGGCUAUUGUUGACAUCCCCUUAUUUUUUGUGGUCCUUACUUUGAUGUUAGGCAGUUUGUUUGCAUUUCAUUAUGGAUUAUAUUUUUAUGCUGUCAAGUUUCUUUCUGUGGUUUUUUGCCUUAUUGGUUACAUUCCAUCAGUUAUUCUGUUUACCUACAUUACUUCUUUCACCUUUAAAAAAAUUGUAAAUACCAAAGAAUUUUGGUCAUUUAUCUAUUCUGUGACAGCAUUGGCUUGCAUUGCAGUCACUGAAAUAACUUACUUCAUGGGAAACACAGCUACAAUUAUUCUUCAUUAUAUCUUUUGCAUUACCAUUCCAAUCUAUCCGCUUCUCGGUUGCCUGAUUGGUUUCAUAAAGAUUACUUGGAAGAAUCUUCAGAGAAAUGAGGACACCUACGAUCCGUGGGAUAGCCUUCUGGUGGCUGUUAUAUCGCCUUACCUGCACUGCGUGCUGUGGGUUUUUCUCCUGCGGUACUAUGAGAAAAAAUAUGGUGGCAGAUCGUUAAGGAAGGAUCCCUUUUUCAGGACUCUAUCAACAAAGUCCAAACACAGAAAGUUCUCAGAACCACCCAACAAUGAGGAUGAAGAUGAAGACGUCAAAGCUGAAAGGCUAAAGGUCAAAGAGCUGAUGAGCUGUCAGUGUUGCGAGGAGAAACCAGCCAUUUUGGUCAAUAAUCUGCAUAAAGAAUAUGAAGACAAGAAAGAUUUUCUUCCUACAAGAAAAGUAAAGAAAGUGGCAAAUAAAUAUGUCUCCUUCUGUGUGAAAAAAGGAGAGAUCUUGGGACUGUUGGGUCCGAAUGGUGCGGGCAAAAGCACGAUUAUUAACAUCCUGGUUGGUGACAUUGAGCCGACUUCAGGCCAGGUCUUCCUGGGAGACUACUCUUCACAGCCGGCUGAAGACGACGACUCCGGGAGGUGUAUGGGCUACUGUCCCCAGAUCAACCCCCUCUGGCCGGACAUCACCCUGCAGGAGCACCUCCAGAUCUACGGAGCCGUCAAAGGGCUGAGAGCCAGUGACGUGCCGGAGGUCACGGAUCGAAUAACAAAUGCCCUUGAUCUAAAAGAAUACCUCCAGAAACCUGUAAAGAAACUUCCCGCAGGAAUCAAGCGCAAGCUGUGCUUCGCCCUGAGCAUGCUGGGGAGCCCCCCGGUCACGCUGCUGGACGAGCCGUCCACAGGUAUGGAUCCCAAAGCCAAACAGCACAUGUGGAGAGCGAUUAGAACCGCGUUCAAAAACAGGAAGCGCGCCGCCAUCCUGACCACGCACUACAUGGAGGAGGCGGAGGCCGUCUGCGACCGCGUGGCCGUCCUGGUGUCGGGGCGGCUGAGGUGUAUUGGGACAGUCCAGCAUCUGAAGAGUAAAUUUGGAAAAGGGUACUUUUUGGAAAUCAAAUUAAAGGAUUGGAUAGAAGACCUGGAAGUAGACCGUCUUCAAAGAGAAAUUCAGUGUAUUUUCCCAAAUGCAAGCCGUCAGGAAAGUUUUUCUACUAUUCUGGCUUAUAAAAUUCCUAAGGAAGACGUUCAGUCCCUUUCACAAUCUUUUUCUAAGCUGGAAGAAGCUAAACAUACAUUCGCCAUUGAAGAGUACAGCUUUUCUCAAGCAACGUUGGAACAGGUUUUUGUGGAGCUCACGAAAGAACAAGAGGAGGAAGACAACAGCUGUGGCACCCUCAACAGCACACUCUGGUGGGAAAGAACACAAGAGGACAGAGUCGUGUUUUGAAUUCAUGCUGCUCGCCCCGCUUCCCGCGUUUCUUCUCUUACGAUUUAGUUUUGGUUUAACAGUUUACAGCUUGAACAAUAAUGGAAGAGCCGAGAAAGCACUUGGGGUUUUCCUGGCUCCCUGCACUGAAACGCCAUCAGCUGUGUGUCUCGCUUUUCUUCAAAUAAAACUUGCGCACAGCGGCGUGAGCCUGCGUGUUGGCAUCUGCAGUGUGUUGUGCUGGAGUCUGCACGUGAGGUUGACUAUGUCCUUGUUCACUUUUCAGAAGCAGUGCUUGUGAAUUUGUGGUUUGAAGACAUAGGAUAGAAUCAUUUUGAGCAGCUAUCUGUAAGUUUAUACCAUCUAGUUACAUAAGUAUGUAAUGCCCCAAUCUAAAUAAGAAGACAAAUACGUGGAACAGAGAUAUAAAGCAAAAGUCCGCUUCUCCUUUUUAUUUUCUAAAAGAAACUGGAAGUUGGCCUGCUAAAAAGCUCAACACUGGACAGGCUCCUGGCAGAGAGAGGUUUGCAGGCUGUGACAUUCACUGGGUGAGAUGCAUUAGCCGAAAUAACUGAAAGGAGACUUUGUUCUGUUAGGUGAUUGUAGACAUAAGUAACUCAGGUAGAGUUCUUUUGCUUAGGGUAAAAUUCAGAGAUGUUUCAGUUACUGUGGAGGACUGAGUCUAGAAUCUUAGGAUGUAACAAUCUGAUUCUUCGGUGGCUUGGGGCUAGAAUGACAGACAUCUAUAGGGUUGCAAGAGUUAAUCCGUACCUUCCCUUCCACCCCGAUGGGAAAUGGGGAUCUUUUGUCCUCUUCAUUACAAAGAAUAUGUUUUAUUCUAUAAAUGGACUUUAUGAUUUGAAAAUCUCUCCUUUGUAGAGUUUUAAAUAUAUCACUGUGAAUUUAGUUAUUCACCUCAUAUUCACUUUGAAUAUGAUGGAACAUAGAUAAACUUGUGGUCAUUAAAUUAAGGAAAAGUAAAUUCUACACAGUUCUCUUUAGUAAGAAACCAGUUUCCUUCCAUGACAGAGUUGGAGAUUUUGGUUAAGGUAUCCAUCCGUACAAAUACUUCUGUGUAGAUCCCGUGUGUGGACUGUAGGGCUAUAACAUCAAUCAUCCUGUGCUGUGAGCUCAGUCGUGUCCAACUCUCUGCGACCCCCUGGACUGUUGCCCGCCAGGCUCCCCGUCCAUGGGCUUCUCCAGGCAAGGACACUGGAGUGGGCUGCGAUGCCCUCCCCCAGGGAAUCUAACCAACCCAGGGGUCAAACCUGGGUCUCUUGUGUCUCCUGGAUUGUCAGGAGUGUUCUUUACCACUGUGCCACCUGGGAAGCCCCAGUUCACAUUAUAUCUCAACCAGAUGAAUGAAAAUUACCAACUUUGGGAAAACAAGUAUAUUAGGGGUGUGAUUAUACUGUGUGACAGAGGGUCUUAGAGAAGAGCCAUCACAACAGGGGGUUUGGUACCGAGUUCUCUAAAGAUGCAAACCCUUUGAUGAGGCUGUCACCUCAGGUGGCGAACCUGGACUUCUCGCUGUGCCGUGCGCUCAGACGGCCGGGAGUCGGGCUGCGCCGCUGACGGCAGAGCGCCUUUCUCAGCCUCGACAAGGUGCGCGACUGGCAUUUCCCUCUGCUGAUCCGUCACGUUCCUAAGGAUCCAGGCGCCUUGCCUGGGGGCUUAGGCCUGCCUUCUAACUAAACAAGCUGUCUCAGGGCCUCCGCUGGCAUCUGCAACCCGCAUCAAAGUUAUUUCUCCUCGUAGGAUUCAGUUGGCACUAGAGUCUAACCUCUUGUUACCACGGCACUCGCCUCCCUCUACAAACCUUUGGUUCUGCACCUGAGAAUCUCACUCUUAGAAUCUUUAGUAAAAGCUGCCACUUUUCAACUGUAGCACUGCAUGAUGAAUACAAGUCCAGAAACAUUUGAGGGAAAAUCUUUCCCUUUAUAGAUGAAUUAAUAAGCAACACACUGUACUUUCUAAGCAAGUCAUGGCAAAUUGGUUGCUGUAAAUUUAAAGAGAUAUCUUUUAGUGUCUAAUAUUAACAUAACACCCGGGGCUUCUCUUUGGGGAUACGAUUUUGCAGCUGUGCUCACUGAUCAUAAUUCGCAUCUAUCAGGUUCAUUAUUGUACUGUUACUGUGCUCUUGUAAGCAUUUUUUAAAAAAAACUCAUCAGAAGUUUAACUACUAAGGAAAACCAGGGUGAGCGGAGUAGGAAGAAAAGGACACAGCAAGUCAAAUAUGGACUUUAUCUUUACUGACUAUACAGUUCAAAUGUCUUAAAUUAUAACCUCAAAGCUUUUUUUUGUAUCAAUGCAAAUAAAUAUAUAUAUUAGGAAGAAGCUAGG